AUGAACUAUGUCGCUAGUUAUGAUGUAUCAGGUUAUGAUACUCCUACGAUUGCGCCUUUUUCAAUUAUCUCUAGCAAACCAUCUCAUAGAUCAGAAAAACCAAACGAAUUAAAACUUGCUCCAUUAGUAUCAUUCGAUGAACAUGGUGACAUUCCAAUUCCUACUACCCAUCGGCCACCUUCUUCAGUACUCAUUACUACUUCUCAGCCAGACGCGAUCGCUCCUAAUUGUUAUGAUUUACGCAGCUGGAAAGAAUUUCGAAAAAACUUUACGCGAUUCAUUGUGCCAUGUUUAUGGUCACAAUUAGGUUUAUUUGUUUUAGUAUUUGUUUAUAUUGCAUUUGGUGGUCUCAUUUUCUAUUCGAUCGAAUCUAAAUAUGAAUCGCAUAAAAUUCAACAAAUUAAAAUAAAACAUUUACACGGUAUUCAUAAUAUUCGUCAAAUAGCUAACGAUGAAUUCAACUGGGUGUUAAAUGCGUCGUUUGAAUUACGAUAUGCGCUUUGGCGAGGUAUGUUGUCGCGUCUCGAUGGUAAUGAUAACGUUGGUUGGCGUGUACAAGUUCAUAUUGAAAGAUUUGAUCGGCUGAUUGAAAAUGAACUUGCACGAAUGCAAGCUGAACAAGAAAAACUAACGGAUAAACAUGAUUCAAGAACAGAUGCAGCGUAUAAUCAAAAGUGGACAUUUUCAACAGCUAUGCUCUAUUCAGCUACAGUUAUUAGUACAGUUGGAUAUGGAAAUAUUACACCGAAGUCGAUACUAGGCAAAUUAACAACAUGUUUUUAUGCUGCCAUUGGAAUUCCACUGAUGAUUAUGUAUUUAGCAAAUACUGGUGAUUUACUUGCAUUUUUCUUCGUCAAAUAUUAUUCUGUCACAAGAAACUUAGUUGAUCGCAUCAUUAGACAGCAAUCACGACGAAGACGACGACGACAAGAACAACUAACGAAUUUACCUUUCGAAUUGGAACAUCAAACUGUACAAUAUCAAGUACCUAUCCCAGCUACACUGGGUAUUCUUACUUUAUAUAUUGUAGUCGGUGCUGCUCUGUUCUCCAAUUGGGAAGGGUGGUCAUAUAUCGAUGCGGCUUAUUUUUCAUUUAUUACAUUUACUACUAUAGGUCUAGGCGAUUUAGUACCUGGCAAAGGAACAUUAACAGAUAAUAAACAUGGUAAAUCAAUUCUAUGUGCUCUCUAUCUUCUGUAUGGUCUUGUUAUAACGACGAUGUGUUUUAAAUUAUUACAAGAUGAUCUAUUUGCUAUUAAACGACGAAUUUUUACACGCCUUGGUUUUGAUGCGUAUCAGUAUUACUAUCAUUAUCAUCACUUUCAUAAUAAUCGUCGAUAUCUAAUGCGUUUACGUGAAAACAACAAAUGA